UGUAUUGAUUGUGUUUUGCUCGAGGGAUUAUUGCGCUUUUAAAUGAAUUAUAAAACCGCUUUCAUUUAAAGUACGCCAAUAAUCUUAUGGACAGUGUUUAAAGUUUUCAGGGUUUCCAAACCUUUUUAGAGAUAUAAACUUUGUCAUAAGUGAAAACGGCUUAUUAAAUGGGGUGCUUAAGUAGUAAAGAUCGCCUAACAAAAGAAGAUAUGGAGUUUUUGAAAACCCACACCCGUUAUGAUGAGGCUACUAUAAAAGAAUGGUACAAAGGAUUUAAGCAAGACUGUCCCAAUGGUCGUUUGACUCCUGCUAAAUUUGUGGACAUGUAUAAGAUGUUUUUCCCGUCUGGAAAUGCGGAAGAGUUUUGUGACCACGUAUUCCGUACAUUCGAUAUGGACAAAAAUGGCUAUAUCGACUUUAAGGAAUUUCUACUCGCAAUAGACGUUACAUCCAGCGGCACACCAGAAGAAAAACUAAAAUGGGCCUUUCGAAUGUAUGAUGUCGACGGGAAUGGUGUCAUUGAUAUUCAAGAAAUGACGAAAAUUGUUCAGGCAAUCUAUGAUAUGCUAGGUGCAUGCUCAUCAAAUCGUCCCGCUGACUCUGCUGAGGAACGUGCAAAAAACAUUUUUGCUAAAAUGGAUGAAAAUAACGAUGGUCAAUUAACACAAGAUGAAUUUUUAAAAGGAUGUUUGCAGGAUGAAGAAUUGUCUAAAAUGCUGGCCCCUUAA